AUGCCCCCAGGUAUCACCUACGACUUGGACCAAAGAGCUCUGCUCAGCGAGGAGCUGAAGACAAUCAUGCUCCUGGCCUAUUCUUGUGGGCCCAAUGAAAGGGUCAAUUGGGACAGGGUUGGCGUCUAUAGCCGGAUCCCACGAAACUCGGCUAGGACAGCGGCGUCAAAGGGCCGCAGAAAGCUUGCUGACUACCUUGAGCACCACGAUGGGGAGGUGUCUGGGAAUCUCUCCGAGAUUCUCAACACUAGCCAGGUUGAGCACAUGCUCCUGGCUUAUACGUUCCAGGAACCCCAACCGGUCAACUGGGACAAGGUGGGACGGCAUAGUGGGAAGAGCCAUGAAGAGGCGUUCGCCACGGCCGGCGAGGGCCGUCGCCAAUUGGAGCUGUACUUCCGGCUCCUCGAUGCCAACUCCAGCCCCUAA